AUGGUAGUUUCCUUUUGGUUGGAGAAGGAGCUGGAGCUAUUUGAAAAUGGAGUCUCGGCAUCUUCGACCAAAGAGACCUUGUCGGAAGAGGCUAAAGAAGAGAAAGCCGCCCGCUCACCAAAGACUCCUCUGGGCUCCGCCAAGCCCUCCAACAGUCCCGUAGCGGGUGGCAUGAUGAAGGCAGCUAUGUACUCUGUGGAAAUCACUGUGGAAAAGGACAAAGUUACUGGGGAGACCAAGGUCCUGUCCAGCACCACUAGACUCCCCAAGGACCGCUCUAUACAGGGGGUCAAAGUGUACGAGGACGAGAUGAAAGUGGUCCAUGCAGUCCGUGCCGAAGACGGGGCCAUUGAGAACGGCAUCCACCUCCUCAGCUCCUCUGAAGUAGACGAACUCCUCCACAAGGCCGACGAGGCCUCCGAGAAGGCCGCUGGAGAGGCCUCCAAGAGCAAUCCCCCCAGCCAGAAAGCCACGCCCAGGAAGGAGAUCACCGGCGUUCAGGCUAAGCCGGUAGAGAGUCCGAAAGGCCCGGAGCCGAGCAAGGAUCAGCCGGUCACCAUGAUCUUCAUGGGCUACCAGAACGUCGAAGACGAGAACGAGACCAAAAAAGUACUGGGCCUUGAGGGUACGAUCAAGGCCGAGCUCGUGGUGAUUGAAGACGCAGAGAACAAGCCGACGGCAGACAGUGCGGGGAAGGACCACGCCCCGCCCAACGGCAGCGCUGUGGAGCCCGUCACGGCCCUCCCGCAGAAGGAAGAGAACCAGGCCGGAGAGAAGCCGGCAGCCAACGACACCGACCCCAAAGAAGCGGAUAAGGAUCUCGACGUCAAAAAACAGCGCUGCAAAUGCUGUUCCGUCAUGUAAGGAGCCGGCCCUCACCUCCACGGCCCGCUAGGACUGCCUUUCCUCCCCUCCGCACCCGUCACUCUCACCGGGGAUACCUUUACUCCGCCUCCUCAGAUACCUUUUAAGUUAGACCGACUCCUUGGCGUUUUGAUUUUACUAAACGAGACAAGCGGUUGUAUUAUUCUUUUUUUCAGGAGGUUUGCCUUUUUUCUAUUUUUAAGUGACCGGGAACUUUAAUUGUGGCCUCAGUGAAAAGUGUAUGGUAUACACACUGCCACCACUGGGCUGCCUGUUUUUUCCUUGCCCUUGCGUCCGUUGAACAUCUUUAUCCACUCUUUCAUAAACAUAACGGAUGCCACACUGUAUUUAUUAGCUCAAGUAAUCCUUUUUCUGCCUCUCUGCAGCAAGAUGCGUCAGGAAGCCUUAAACUUCCACAUGGUCAGGUUUCGUGGAGGUCCAUUUAAAAAAAAAAAAAAGAGUUGUGAAUGCUGAAUCCGACAUUCCCUAAUCCCAGUGAACCCAUCCUGCGACAUUAUCUGAAGGCUCGUUUGGAAAGGAAAUUAACUGAUAAUGGAAACCCCUUGGGUGUUGCUUUUUCAAGUGGUCUAGCAGCCUUUGGAAUUCAACGGCCUUUAGGAUCUCACGAGUUCGUCAAGAACUUUUCUAAGGCAUGACUUUUUUACAAUUCUGUGAAGUGUCACAAUCGCAAAACCUAUCCUUGUGCGACCUGACUUUAGAUUGGAAAAGACGUCAGUCCGUUCCUUGGGCACUGGAGAAAUCCACCAAGCAUCCUGAUUUUUAAAACUGGCUUCGUUUUGUUCCAUCCGCGGUGCCAAGCUCUACUGGCUGUCUUGAUUGUCCAAGGAUUGUCCAAGAUUAUCCAAGGAAACUUGAUCGUCUGAGGAUUGACCAAGGUGGAUGUGAUGGCUACAAACAGGAGCCGGCCUAAUUAUGAUCCUUCUGCUGUUUGCAGCCUCUCCAGCAUGUUCGACGGGGACUCUAUGGUCAAGCGGUAGGCCUCAGAUAAUUCAGUGCGCUGUUCCAACCGCACCUCGUUUACAAAAUGUACUCCUUGGAUUCCAGUGCAGAAGUGGAAACCACGUGCCAGGAGGAGGAUCUGGUCCCAGGGACCAGCGUGUUCGCAGAGGGGCGCAGGCAGGGGCUGUGGGCAGGAACAACAGUUGGGAAACCAAGGCUAGCUUGAGGAGACCAGGGGGGGGAGAAGCUUCAGGCGAGCAGCCCGGAAGCCGGCCGAGAUAGUCAUGUGGAAGCUCAGUGAUGAGAAGCUCAGACUGGGGGGAGGGGUGGGCUUUGCAAGGGCGGCUGGAUGUGGCUUGCGACCCCUGCUCUCUUUCUCUAGGGGGAUAAGGGAACAGAGAGGUGCUGUGUGAUCCACAGGGCUCAGUCUGAGGCCUGCAGGAAAUGACACCAGACUCAGUUCCAGAAGGGACGUCUGUGUCUGGUGUCAGCCAAGAUGGGCGCUGGCCUUAAAACACUUCCCCUCUUUCUAAGGAGGCGUCUUUGGCAAUAACAGACACAACUCUUCUUUGGUUCAGCCCUUCUUGCUUGGUUCCUGCCAGAGAACCCCUUCCAGUGUCCUUCAUUUCAAGCAUGUUUGGCCAAUGCUUGAGGGGUGGGGUUCGUCCGCGGAAGCUCGUAGUCUCCAGGACGACCCAUUUCCUUGCUCUCGCUGCCGAGGGUAAGCAUGGUUAGCCUGGCUUUCUGUUGUUUUGUUUUUGGGAGGGUAACUCUGAUUUCCCUUGGCAAAGCUUGUGAAGCACAAAAUAUGCAGCGGGGGGAUUCCAAGUACAUAAAAGCCACGACGAAUCCAUUUUAAAGCCGCACAUUUGAUUAUGUAUCGUGUGAAGGACUUUCCUGUUGUCUGUCCUGGAUCUACCAACCAUUGACUUCAGGGGCAGACAAAAGGGAGGACUUCUCCUCCCACAGUACAACGCAUAAUUCACCUGUGGAACUCUCCAUCACAGGAUGUGAGGAUGGCCUCAAGCUGAGAUGGUUUUAAAGGGGGACUGGACCAAACUGAAGGGGGGGGGAAUCUAUCAAUGACUAUUAGCUGUGAAGGCUACAUGGAGCUUCCAUGUUUAUUGGCGAUUUGCUUUGAUGCCGGUUGCUGCAGGGAAAUAGCAAACAUUGUGCUCCUACCUGUAACCCUUUCAUGCCAGCAUCUGGUUGACCCCUGGUGGAAACGUGCCUCCAAAGCACCAUUCCCAGUCAUCUGAAGUGAGGGGAGGCUCAAGUUCAUUUUUUAAAUUUCUAUUGAAAGCACCCUUUAAAAGAGAUAUAGGGCUCUUUCGCAUAUUACUUUGGGGGUUUUCCUCCAUUUCUGCAUGUGUUUUACACCCUCUAGUGGUCGAUUCGAUAUUACAUCGCUUUAUGUCUGGCAUAUCUCCCUGCAGGUUUUUUAAUGUCACACAUACAGCGAUGUAAUAUCGAAUCAACCACUAGAGGCAGCAAAACAAGUGCAGAAAAGGGGAGGGAAAGCAGUAGGGACACACAAGCAAACAAAAUGAGAAUACGGAAAAGCCCAUAUACACAUUUUCUGCACCAGACAGCUCCCAAAGCCACAGACAGACAUCCUCCUAGCAAAUUCUGAGAGCAAAUUUCCUCUCUGCCCAGCCAAUCAAGGCUCUGGGAUGGAACCUGCUUUCUAGGCAAGAAGGAUGAUUUCAGGGUUCCUCCAUGCUCAUCAGCUAUAGCGAAGGCUGAAUCACUUGCUUUGCAUGUAGAGGGUCUAAGGUUCAACACCACCACCCCCUUGAAAGGAUCUCUGCAGUUGUGAAAAACUUUCUGCCAUGUAGUCAAAGGAGAAAAUACACAGCUUAAUAGACCAGGCAUAUAAAGCAGUUUAAUGGGUGAGGAAGGGGUCCGUAGCUGCAUUGCAUGCUCUAUCUCGUGUUGUGAGCUGUAGCUCAUCGGUGGUGCAUCUUCUUGGCACGCAGAAGGUUACAGGCUUGAU